AUGUUCGUCUACAAACGCGAUGGCCGCAAGGAGCGCGUUCAGUUCGACAAGAUCACAGCUCGCGUGUCGAGGCUCUGUUAUGGCCUCGACCCAGAGCACGUGGAUGCCGCAGCAAUCACCAUGAAGGUCAUUGCUGGUGUAUACCACGGUGUCACCACGAUCCAGCUCGAUGAUCUGGCAGCCGAGACCGCCGCAUACAUGACCGUCACUCACCCAGACUACGCGAUCCUUGCUGCACGUAUUGCAGUAUCCAACCUCCACAAGCAGACCAAGAAGCAGUUCUCCGCUGUGGUUCAAGAUCUGUAUGCAUACAUCAACCCCAAGACGGGCAAGAAGGCUCCCAUGAUCUCAGAGGAGACGUACGCAACAGUGAUGAAGCACUCCGAUGAGCUCAACUCGGCCAUUGUCUACGACCGUGACUUUAACUACCAAUACUUUGGCUUCAAGACCCUGGAGCGAUCAUACCUCCUCAGAAUAGAUGGCAAGGUCGCUGAGAGACCGCAGCAGAUGAUCAUGCGUGUGGCUGUUGGUAUCCAUGGAGAAGACAUUGAGGCCGCGAUCGAGACAUACAACUACAUGUCGCUGAAGUACUUCACACACGCCUCGCCCACUCUCUUCAGUGCUGGUACACCACAAGCGCAGCUGGCGUCCUGCUUCUUGGUGGCCAUGAAGGAUGACAGCAUUGACGGUAUCUACGACACUCUCAAGACUUGUGCCAUGAUCUCCAAGAACGCUGGCGGUAUUGGACUUCAUGUGCACAACAUCCGUGCUACUGGCUCAUACAUCGGUGGCACCAACGGCACAUCCAAUGGUCUUGUACCAAUGCUGCGAGUGUACAACAAUACGGCUCGCUACGUCGACCAAGGUGGCAACAAGCGUCCAGGUGCUUUUGCCAUCUACCUCGAGCCAUGGCACGCGGAUGUUUUCCAGUUCAUGGACCUCCGCAAGAACCACGGCAAGGAAGAGGUCCGUGCUCGUGAUCUCUUCUACGCCCUCUGGAUUCCAGAUCUCUUCAUGGAGCGUGUCGAGCAGAAUAGAACAUGGACUCUGAUGUGCCCCAACGAGUGCCCUGGCUUGUCUGACGUUUACGGCGAUGAGUUCAAGGAGCUCUACGAGCGUUACGAGAGAGAAGGCAAGGGCCGUGAGACCGUUCGUGCACAGAAGAUCUGGUAUGCCAUCCUCGAGGCACAGACCGAGACCGGCACACCUUUCAUCUUGUACAAGGAUGCCGCAAACCGCAAGAGCAACCAGAAGAAUCUCGGCACCAUCAAGAGCUCGAACCUGUGCACUGAGAUCAUGGAGUACUCCGCGCCGGAUGAGGUCGCAGUCUGCAAUUUGGCAUCGCUUGCGCUGCCAACGUACGUUGACAUCGAGAACGAGGUCUUUGACUUCAAGAAGCUUCACGAAGUCACCAAAGUUGUCACUCGCAACCUCAACAAGACCAUCGAGAUCAACUACUACCCUGUGCCAGAGGCACGCAAGAGCAAUUUCCGCCACCGACCUAUCGGACUUGGUGUCAAUGGUCUUGCUGACGCGUUCUUGGCUCUGCGCAUGCCAUUCGAUUCGCCAGAGGCGAAGGAGCUCAACAUUCAGAUCUUCGAGACCAUCUACCACGCUGCUCUUGAGGCUUCGUGCGAGCUGGCUGAGAAGCUUGGCCCGUACGAGACAUACCAGGGCUCCCCGGUGUCACAAGGUGAGCUUCAGUACGACAUGUGGGGCAAGACUCCUACCGACCUUUGGGACUGGGCGGCACUCAAGACCAAGAUCGCGCAGCAUGGUGUCCGCAACUCGCUCCUUGUCGCUCCAAUGCCCACUGCAUCGACCUCGCAAAUCAUGGGCUUCAACGAGUGCUUCGAGCCAUACACCAGCAACAUCUACUCUCGUCGUGUGUUGGCUGGCGAGUUCCAGGUCGUCAAUCCUUGGUUGUUGAAGGACCUUGUCGACCGUGGUCUGUGGUCAGAGAACAUGAAGAACCGCAUCAUCGCCGACAAUGGUUCCAUCCAGCGCAUUCCCAACAUCCCUGAUGACCUCAAGGCGCUUUACAAGACUGUGUGGGAGAUCAGCCAGCGCAACAUCGUGCAGAUGGCUGCUGAUCGUGGAGCCUUCAUCGAUCAGUCCCAGAGCUUGAACAUCCACAUGAAGGAGCCAACCAUGGGCAAGAUCACCAGCAUGCACUUCGCUGGCUGGAAGCUCGGCCUCAAGACUGGCAUGUACUACCUCCGAACACAAGCUGCAUCGGCUCCGAUCCAGUUCACUGUCGAUCAGGAGAUGCUCAAGGUCGCAGACACCAAUGUCGGAAAGUCUGGUGCUGCCAAGAGACGAAACAUCUCGGGCGCGUACAAUGCCGUCAGCUCUCCUAAGCCGGUCGCUGCACCAAAGCCACUGUACGAGAACAAGCAGCCAUCUCCAGCGGCCUUGGAGCCGCCCAAGGAUGUGGUUACGCCAGCAGCAACACCACCACCGGAGCAGAAGAAGCGCACUUUCGGCCGCACUUCGUCCGCAGUUGUCAACCCACCUUUCCCAGCCGACCAGGACGAGGGCGAAAGCCCAGAUGUCCUCGCCGCUGACGGCGUCAACGCCAUCCCUAAGGAGGAAGCUCUUCCCGAACCAGCCGUCAGCAUCGAGAAGAAGGCUGGCCAGGAGGAAGACAGCGAGGAGGUGAGCAAAGACCGCGAAGGCGACAUCUACGCUGAGGCUGUCCUCGCCUGCAGCAUAGAGAACCCUGAGUCGUGUUUGAUGUGCAGCGCUUAG